AUGGCUCAUGAAAUCAAUUCUCACAAAGGAAAAGUGAAAGAUCCGCAAACAACGAAUACCAAUAAUACUUUCAAAAGAAAGUCGAGAUUUCCACAUACCACACCACGCAAUGGCGCCAUUCUGCAAGUAAACAUUUACGAUCAAUACAAGCGUCAUCCUGAAUUCCUGAGAAAAAUUUUUCAUGAAUCUCGCCCUUAUCCAAAAUUGGUUCAAGCCAUUUUAGUUAUCCGGGCACAAACUGGUGUGACCCACAACGAACUCGUCACGAACUGGAGUGACAUUCAUCGAUCUCCUUAUGAACAGUUACAGCCUCAUGUAGAGCAUAAUAAGUGCCUAGAUCCGUUAACCCCUAUACAACUCGGGAGACAUAAUAUGGAAUACGCUGAACAUUCAUCGGUUGAACCUGAGCUGGUUGAUGUGAAGACACAAUGGCAAUACGUGGAGGUGGAGGUAAUGGCUGACCUGGAGGGACAAUAA